AUGUCCGCCGUGUGGCUGCGGCGUUGGCGGCGGAGCCACCGCGCUGAGCGUCCGGGCGGUGCACCGGGGCCCGGAGCAGGCCCGCCGCCCACAGCGCUCAGCUACCGCCGGCCGAAGUUUCUGCGUGACGGUGUGGAGGAGAGCCCGGCGGACGGGCGGGCCGUGCGGAGCACCGGGCCCGAGCGGCCCCUGCCCUGGGCCGCGGGCUACGCCGAAGUUAUCAAUGCUGAGAAGUCAGAGUUCAAUGAGGACCAAGCAGCCUGCUGUCAGAUCUCCGUCCGGAGGAGAGAGCCAGGCCUGGAGGAAGAUGAUGAGUGGCUGAUCCUGUGCUCCACACAGUUCCUGACCGGUUACUACUGGGCACUGUUUGAUGGCCACGGUGGCCCAGAAGCUGCCAUCAUCGCCUCCAACUAUUUGCACUACUGCAUCAAGCAGAAGCUGGAGGAGGUUGUGGGAGGCAUCACAGAGGCACAUCCCCCCAUGAAUCUCAGCGGGCGCUGCGUUUGCGACAGCGACCCCCAGUUCGUGGAGGAGAAGCACAUCCACGCAGCAGACCUGGUGGUGGGAGCCCUGGAGAACGCCUUCCAGGAAUGUGAUGAAGUCAUUGGCCAGGAGAUGGAAGCUACAAACCAGUCAGGAGGCUGCACUGCUCUGGCUGCCCUUUAUUUCCAGGGGAAGCUGUAUGUGGCUAAUGCUGGGGAUAGCAGGGCAAUUCUUGUUCUGAAGGACAGUGUUGUGCCCAUGAGCAGUGAGUUCACACCUGAGACAGAGAGGCAGCGAAUCCAACACCUGGCUUUUCUUUUUCCCAAGCUCCUGGACAGUGAGUUCACACGCUUUGAGUUUCCACGGAGGCUGAAGGGAGACGAUGUGGGCCAGAAAGUCCUGUACCGAGAUUACUUCAUGGAGGGCUGGGGAUACAAGACAGUGGAGAAAGCUGACCUCAAGUAUCCUCUUGUCCAUGGUCAUGGGAAGCAGGCUCGCUUGCUGGGGACUCUGGCUGUCUCUCGAGGCCUGGGGGAUCAUCAGCUCAAAGUCAUCGACACCAACAUUGAAGUCAAACCUUUCCUCUCCUGCAUCCCCAAGGUGAAUAUAUUUGACUUUGCUCUGCAUGACAUUGAGGAAGAUGAUGUUCUUAUCAUGGCAACUGAUGGCCUUUGGGAUGUUCUGUGCAACAGAGAGGUGGCCCAAAUGGUCAGGAGCUUUCUUGCAGAAAACAGGACAGAUCCUCACAGGUUUUCAGAACUGGCCAAGUGCUUGGUAUGCAGAGCAAGGGGAAAGAAGAGAGGCCACCAGUGGAUGCUGGAUGACAGCCAUGAGGCAUCCUAUGAUGACAUCUCUGUAUUUGUCAUCCCACUACACAAGAGAGAUGAGGAGUGACUGUUAGCAUGACAGCCAGGAUCUCUGUGUCCCUCUGCUGUGGUGCUAUUCAGCAUCAGCCCGAGACCAAGGGAUUUCUGCUGUGCACGUACACUGCCUUCCAGCAAAAACAUCGGCACUGGAACCCCCAAAUGCACAGCCAGAAAAUUAACAAGAACAUUACCUUCCUAAGAACAUGCAAGACAGGGACAGAGAGCAACAAACAAAUCAUUCCCUUACCCUUGUCUUCUUGUUGGGCCAAGGAGGAAUUGCAGCAGGGCCAUGCAGGCUGAAGGGUACUCUUUGUAACACCUUUGCGGUACGGCAAGGCUC